UUGAAUCGGAGUGGAUCGGAUCGGUACGGGCACGGUGUUGGCCAGAAAAAAUGCGACGAUACCGUCGGCGGUUGCCAUAAAAGCCAAAUUCGACAAACGCCAAUAAAUCCAACAAAAAGUUGUGAAAAGAUACCAACCAUGGAGUUGACACUGAUCACGUUGAAUUGGUUGGAUGUGAUAUCCGUGGCAGUAACAUUUAUUGUGAUCUUACUGGUGCAGGUUCUUAACGCCUAUUUGCACAUACUGACCGACAGUGAAGAUAAGGCCAAGUCGAUCGAUGUGGUUGACAGGGCCUCGGUGAAAGAAUGUGCCAUCUUGGAGUCGCGAGACUCUCCGCCCACAACAACUACACCGCCAAAAACCCCAACAACACCCACGAAUGGAAAGCUGGAGAAGCAAGCCAGUCUGCUGGAUAACGAUAGCGGCAUCUCACUGACUUCCAUCAAUACCUGUUCAACAUCAGCAACACCGGCGAACUCAUCGCCAACAUUACGAACACAACACAAUGGCUUCCACACCUUCCACACCUCGCACACCCUCAGCUUCGAGACCCUGGGCGACGAGUACCACGAGGACGAGGAUACGCUUUCUCUCGAGAAUCUCUUUCCCUGCGAUCAGAGCGAAAUCUAUGCUUCUAAGAAGAUCAGCUUCAUCAUUGAUGAGCUCAUCCAGACCGAGGUCAACUACGUAAACAAUCUGAAAAAGGGUCUUGCCAACUAUGGCCAGCUCAAGGACCAGGAGGAUGUGCCGGAAGGACUUUGUGGCGAGGAGAAGCAGAAGCUAUUAAUCGGAAAUAUCUCCGAGAUACUUCAGCUCCACGAAGAGGAGAUACUGCCGCUAAUGCUGCGAAAUCAAAGGGACCUCAAAGGUCUCUUCGACGAGUUUGCCGUACACUUCGAGAAAAAUCACUUUUAUUGCUAUGUUAGCUUCACGAUGGGCAAGAAAUCCUCUAUGCAGCUGCGACAAGAAAAUAGGGAGUGGCUACAGACCUAUCAAACUUCGAUAAAAGACAAGCUGGGCAUCGACAGCUUCCUAGUUCAGCCCAUCCAAAGACUGACAAGAUAUCCAUUGCUUCUGCAGCAAUUUAUAUCAGAAUUCUACAAGAGUGGCAUUAGUUGCAAGCCAGUGUUGACAGCCGUUUGCAAAUUGGAGACGCGAAUGCGACGUGCUCUGGAUGUGGUCAACCAGGCCGAGGAGAUACCCAACAUCGAGGAACUCAAUGAGUUGGAUCUCAUGCAGUUGGGAAACUUCCGCCGCUCUACGGAAUUCGACGCCCAGCAUUUUCCGACCCGGAAAAAGUACAGGGCAAAGGUCUUCCUGUUCGAUCGAAGUCUGGUUUGUACGGAAAUCCGGAAGAAGCGGCUGGCUUACCGGCAGCACUACCACUGGGAACACGUGGAACUGCAGAGGCCCCUGGAACUGACCACCUCCAACGCCAACAAGAUCAUCAACCUGCUGGUGAAGCAGCAGGAGAAUGGAUCUGGUGGAUCGGGAGGACCCAGUGGAAAGCGCGAGGAGUUCUCCUUCGUGGCCUCCGAGGCUGCUGUGGUGAAGCAGUGGCUCCAGGCCACCCACAAGAUCAUCGAGAUCGCCCGGAACGAGCAUGCCCGCCGAAACACCUUCAGCCUGCCCAUGGACUUGGUGCUCGGAGUAAUCAUUUCCAUCUGGCUGAUAUGGCAGUACUUGUAGACAAUCUUCCUACCCCAUCGCCUCAUCGUCUAUUCCCCAUCCACUCACAACCUUAGAUCGUAGAUAUCUAUAGAAUAAAGCUAAGUUAUUUUGUA